AAAAACUAGCUGGCAACUACCUGCCGUUAUCAUAUUUGAUAUUGUGCGUGCUUGUCAAAUUCAAAAUAAACAUUAUACAAAAUGCGCGUAACUUUGACACGUUUAGCAGCUUUUACGCCAAAAUUGAAGGAAGUUCGCAUCAUUUUAGACCCGUCUGGAAAAGCCUCGAAAGGAGUGAGGGAAUAUAUUCAGAGAUUUUAUCCAAAUCUGAAAAAGAAUAACCCAAAUCUGCCCAUAUUGGUAAGAGAGUGCAGUGGCGUGAAGCCAAAACUCUGGGCUCGCUAUGAAAAUGGCAAGGAAGUUUCAAUAUCACUGACGAAUCAAACUGUUCCCGAUAUACAAAAGCAGCUGGAGGCAGUUGGUAAAUAAAGGAAUUUAGUAAUUCUGGGCAUAUGUAAGAAUAGUAGAAAGCAAUAAAAAAUAUUACCAAUA